UAGUUCGUAUAGUGAUAGCUGCGAUAGCAAUGUCAGUGUCAAUAUGUCAUUCUGUCAUUAACGAGUUGUCAUUCGGUUCUCCUGCUAGAUUUAUUGCUUAUUCAGUUAUUCGUCUUCGCCCGUCCGUUGUUAACAUCUGUGACCCAAGAAUCUAUUUUCUGAAAAUCUGCACUGGAUAUCAUGGCCGAAUCUCAAGUGAACGACAACACCACUUGCGUAGUGUGCUUUAAAAAUGUCGUGUAUUUCUCAAUUGGCGAAUGUGACCAUCCUGUGUGUUUUGAAUGUUCAACCCGGAUGAGAGUUCUUUGCUUGCAAAAUGAAUGCCCGAUAUGUCGUCAGGAUCUCUCAAGGGUUGUUUUCACUGACACUGUUCAUCCCUAUAAAGAGUUGCGCAACAGACCAUUCUCUGAUAGACUAUUUGAGAGGCAGUUUAAGAUAGGAUUCUGUACUGAAGAAAUUAAAAAUGCCUAUGAGAGUCUGCUGGAGAACCAUUGCAAAAUCUGUGAAAAGACACAGUUCCGUACAUUCAGUAUGCUCAGUGAACAUAUGAGAAAGGUUCAUGAGCGCUACUUCUGCGAUCUUUGUGUUAAACAUUUAAAGAUAUUUACCAGUGAAAGGAAAUGUUACACCCGUCAAGAACUGGCUCACCAUAGACGGAAAGGAGACCUCGAUGACACAUCUCAUAGGGGCCAUCCGCUCUGCGAAUUCUGUGAGGAGAGGUUUAUGGAUGCAGACGAAUUAUACCGUCACUUGCGAAAGGAGCAUCUUUAUUGCCAUCUAUGCGAUGCUGACGAUCGAAAUCUGUACUACGCGUCGCACUCUGCCCUUGCGCACCACUUUCGCAACGAGCACUACUUGUGCGAGGAUGGCGAGUGUGCGGGACAGCAUCUCACUGCAGUGUUUAGAAGCGAAAUCGAUCUUAAAGCCCAUAAAGCGACCGUGCACGGGCGCGGCAUGACGCGCGGCGCUGCCAGGCAGGCGCGCACGCUGGAGCUGCAAUUCAACAUCACGCCUCAUCCUGUCGUCCAGAGAGCACCUAGAGAACGCGCGGUAGAGGCUCCGCCGCCGCCGGCGCCCGUUCAGACGGUGGCUCCCAUCGACCCGGGGAACGUCGAGCAGUUCCCUCGACUGUCGGCCGCGCCCCCCGCCCCCGCUCCGCUACUCGCGCACACCCCGCGCUUCCCCAGAGGCGCGGACUGGCUGGCGCGCAACGACCGGAACUUCCCGGCGCUGGACGGCAGCGCGCCCGCCGCGCCGCCCGCGCCCCGCGCCGCGCCCGCCGCCGCCGCCGUGCUGCGCAACCCUUCGAAGCCAAGCGUCUCCAUCCAACUGCAUAGUCAACCGAGUGCGAGCAACUUUCGGUUGACACAGGCUAGUGGAAACCGCAUAUCCAUCCCGUCGCAGAAGAAGUCGCCUUUGUCCGAUGACGACUUCCCGUCUCUCGGUAUCGGGCGAGACGAUCAUCCCAGUAUUGGAGCAGGAACCGUGCAACCAUCGAAGGUAACCAUGAUUAACAGCGAAGAGUUGAGGGCAAUAAAAAGCAAUCCAACUAAGAGUCAGAGGAGUACUGAGUCUAAGAAAGUACAUUUAAAAUCUGAAGCAUUCCCCGCGCUCUCGUCGUCAUCAGUCCCGAGCGCCCCGCCUCAGUGGAUAACCAUAUCGAAAUCCAAAGAGAAAUCGAAACCUAAGUCGGAGCCGCCGCCGACGCCUCGAGAAGCCACUUUUAAUCCAGUCGCAGAUUUCCCAACUUUACCCAUCAACAUUAAAUCUAAAGCCAAAAAAUCACAGCAAUCUGUACAACAUCAACUUCCUAAUAAUAACGUCCCGAACGAAAGCACUAAGAAUAAAAAAGAAAAAAAGAAGCAAAUCUCGAAUACUAAGGACAUCUCUCUAGAUUCGAAUAUCAUUAAUCGAAUAAACGACGUUAAGAUUAAAAAGGAGUACAUAAAUGCCUGUGUAAAUAAUAACAACAACAGCGUCGAGCCCGAUAAAAAAAUUAAAACCACGAGCGAAGCGCCCUCAACGAAUGCCCAAAAGAAUACUGGCAAUGGGGAUUUCGCAAUGACUCUAAAGGAAUAUCCGCCGCUCAGUUCGCGCGCCGAAACCAAUGGCCCCAAACGAGUCGAACACCCAACACAGCGGGCUGACAACUUUUCACAGCGAACCGUCCAAAACGGCAGCAUCCCGCCAGGUUUCAAAAAGCGACCCCCCUGCGACGGAAUGACGUUUACGAACUCCGCCGGCCAGACGUUCUCGGCGCCCGUGCACUCCUACAUCCCGCCGCCCGACUUCGAGCUCAGGAACCGCACCCUCGUGAAGAAGUUCGCCGUGGCACUCGGCGGGGCCGCCGCCGUCGAAAACUUCAAAGUCGCCUCGCGAGCCUUCCGCGACAGCAACAUCACCGCGGACGAGUUCUACCAGCACUGUCGAGCCGCCCUAGGAGACCAGCUGGAGUCCGUAUUCCCCGACCUGGUGGCCCUGCUGCCGGACAUAGCGAAGCAGCAGGAGCUGGUGGUGGGCAGGGGCGCGGCGGCGCAGCUGGACGUGUGCCCGACGUGCGGGCAGCUGCUGGCGGCGGCCGACCGCGGCGCGCACGACGCGGCGCACUGGCCGCCGCUCUCGUCCCGCUAGGCGCUCGACGUGACUGUGAUAACAUUUAAACUAAUUCGUGUUCACAUAUUCAGGUGUAUAUUGUAUUCUAUAAAUUUGUAAGCAUUCAAUUUUCAAUAUAAAAAAUAAUUUUAAUUCAGACCGGUCACGUGUGACGUUAGAGUAGAUCCGGAUUACACUCUAAGGUGCUUCUUGUUUUUCUUAGUACAUUAUGUAUGCUAGAGAAGUAUGAAUAGAGAUUUUCUAUUUCUCAAUGUAAAUAGCCCGAAGUAAAUUCUUUAAACAAACCAAAGUUUGGACUGCGAGAUUAAAAUAGCUUAUAAUAUAUAAAUUCCGAAGUGAAAAUCCAUUUUGACACAUUUAAAGACGUAUAACUACAUCUCUAUAGACAUAUAACACAUGAAAUGUAAUAAGUAUGUAA